AUGGAGCUGUUCCUGCUCUUAUUGGGUGGGUUCGUUGGACUGGUAGGGGCUCCUCCUCCUCAGAGAAUUCAAGUAGAACAGCAAGCUGCUCAGCAGAAACAGGAUCCAAGCUCGAAUAGGGCGCAACGCGAACAUCCGAACCCGAGCGAAACUGGACAGAAACCUAUGUAUGAAUUCACUUACUCUAAAUAUCUUGAAGAAGUCGUAAAGAUACUUGAAAGUGAUCCAAAGUUUUCCGAGAAACUUCGUCAAAUGCCGGAGGCUGAUAUCAAAGCUGGAAAAAUCGCUGAUCAUAUUGAUGACUUAGACAGCCAUGUAUUCGACAGACUGACAAAAGCAAAACUUGACGAGCUUGAACGGCUUCGAGAUCAAAUUCAGAAGCAAAUUGAGGUUUCUGUCGUGGAUGGAAUUUCUUGUGGCUUUUUACCUGCAUCAUUCUAUCCAUUAAAGGCUGAUGGCGGAGCGCAUAACGUGAAAAUGCCAGAGCAUCUGGAUGCCACCAACUGGGAGAAAUUCGGGAAGGAAGACCUUAGAAAAUUAAUCACUCGUACUGUGGAAGAUAUGGAAGCCAUGGACAAACAACGUCAAAAAGAGUUUAAGGAAUAUGAAAUGCGAAAGAAAGCCGAGGAUGAUCACAAACUUUCCCAGAUGAAUGAACAACAACGCGCAAAUGCCGUCCGCGAAGCUGAAGAAUCGAAGAAACGGCAUAAUGAACAUGAAAAGCUAAAGCACCCGGGAAGUCGAGACCAACUUGAGGAGGUUUGGGAGGAGACCGAUCGCAUGGACAAAGAUUCGUUCGAUCCAAGAACUUUCUUUGCUCUUCACGAUUUAAACGGUGACGGAUAUUGGAAUGCCGAUGAAUUGGAGGCUCUAUUCCAGAAAGAACUUGAAAAACUCUAUAACGAUACAGAUCCCGAUGACGACCCUCGCGAAAAAAUGGAAGAAAUGUAUCGAAUGCGAGAGCACGUAACAAAACAAAUGGAUAAGAAUGGCGAUCGUUUGAUCUCUCUUGAAGAGUUUCUCAAGGAUACAGAGGCUCAAACUCCGGAUAACGAUCCUGGAUGGAAAGACCUUGGAUGGGGAGAACAUGCCUAUGAUAUAACCACUACAGCACUUCCACCCGUGCAAACACAGCAAGUCUACCAGCAGCAGCCACAGCAAGUACACCCUCAACAGGUAAUCCUAAUCUUCUCUUUGCUGUUUCCGCAUUAUCUGCUUUGCUUUGAACAAAUUUUGUAA